AUGCCAAGACAGAGGAGAGAGGACAAGGUGCGAUUCAUGCGUUCGCAAUACUACGAAGGGGAUAUGAUGACACUUCCGGCCAAGUAUAAAUUAUCUAACAUCAUUGAUCCAGCCUCCCUUCCCGAACCGCUUUCCUUUAACACUUUUCGUCCCAGGCCGGACCCAGAUGUGUGCGACUUCCCCGCCCGAUAUUGGCCGUCUCCCGAUACUUCCCUCAUCCCCGAGGAUAUGUCGGCUAGCGAGUUAUGGGAGCAUUGUUCCAGGAAUGUCGCCUCUAGUAGCGGUCGGGCUAGCGGACGGACGGACAACCGGCGGAGGGAGAACAAAUCAAACAGCUCAACAACGCGAUCUUACAAGAACAUUCCGAAAUGUAUACCCAUCACCAACAACCGGAUACACGAGGCAGUGGUGGACAUAGAGCGACUCCCGCGGAAGGAGCAAGAUGACCGACUAAUGGUCCUGAAGUCCAAGUUCAGCGAAAAGGACUAUGAAAUCCUAGAACAGAUAGUGGAGGACAAACGCGCAGAAUAUCUAAGGGUAUUCCGUAAGUCAUAUCUGGAGCGUGGCCUUGGUCCUGUCCCUCGCAGUGACAACUCCGCUUACCUUGCCCGGGAGCUGAAGCGCCGUGUGGCUUGUCAGGAAUGUGGUCUUGACUGGAAGAAAACCAAAUGGCCCCCAAUGCGCAGAAAGCAUCACCUGCCUGUCCGGCAUGAAAUAAACAUGCCAUGUGUCAUGCAGAAUGAUGUCGUGUGA